CGGCGGGUCCCUCGGGAAGGGAGAAGCUGACCCGGAUCCCGCGCUCGGCCACUCCUCUGCAGGUCGCCCGCUCGCGCCGCACACUUGUUCCCCAUGGCCGCGUGGUCCCGGGAGGCGGUGCUGAGUCUGUACCGGGCUCUGCUGCGCCGCGGCCGCGGCCUGCGCUACACCGACCGGGAUUUCUACCUCGCCUCCAUCCGCCGCGAGUUCCGCCGGAACCAGGGGCUGCAGCGGCUGGAGGACAAGGAACGGCAGCUGGAGAAGGGGCAGGCUUUCCUGCAGAGCAGGCUUGGGGGCCUGGUUUAAAGAGUCCCUGUAGCUCCCACUGGUCCCAC